AUGCAGGCCAAGGGCGAAGCCGCAAUGCGCGACUUGAUCGCUGAGCUGCACGCGAUGCAGUCCCCCUACACGGUGCAGCGCUUCAUCAGCAGCGGCAGCUACGGCGCGGUGUGCGCCGGUGUCGAUAGCGAGGGCAUUCCGGUCGCCAUCAAGCGCGUAUUCAACACCGUCUCGGAUGGCCGCACGGUCAACAUUCUGUCGGACUCGUUCCUCUGCAAGCGCGUGCUACGCGAGAUUCGCUUGCUCAACCACUUUCACCACCCGAACAUCCUAGGCUUGCGUGACAUCUUCGUGCACUUCGAGGAGCCGGCGAUGCACAAGCUGUACCUCGUGACGGAGCUGAUGCGGACGGACCUGGCGCAGGUGAUCCACGAUCAGCGCAUUGUCAUCUCGCCACAGCACAUUCAGUAUUUCAUGUACCACAUCCUGCUUGGCCUGCACGUGCUGCACGAAGCCGGCGUCGUUCACCGCGACCUGCACCCCGGCAACAUCCUGCUAGCAGACAACAACGACAUCACCAUCUGUGACUUCAACCUCGCGCGCGAGGACACGGCGGAUGCGAACAAGACGCACUACGUGACGCACCGCUGGUACCGUGCGCCGGAGCUGGUCAUGCAGUUCAAGGGCUUCACGAAGCUGGUGGACAUGUGGUCGGCGGGCUGCGUUAUGGCGGAGAUGUUCAAUCGAAAGGCGCUUUUUCGCGGCUCCACUUUCUACAACCAGCUAAACAAGAUCGUGGAGGUGGUCGGCACACCCAAGAUAGAGGACGUGGUCAUGUUCAGCUCACCCAGCGCCCGCGAUUACCUGCGCAACUCGCUGUCAAACGUGCCUGCCCGGGCGUGGACGGCUGUUGUGCCCACGGCCGACCCGGUCGCGCUUGACCUCAUCGCGAAGAUGCUCGAGUUUAACCCUCAAAGGCGCAUCAACACGGAGCAGGCGCUCCGCCACCCGUACUUCGAGUCGCUCUUCGACCCGCUGGACCUCACGGAGGGGCUGAGCGAGCGCUUCCAUCUCGACGAGUCCGUGACGGAUGUGGGGGACAUGCACAAGAUGUUUAAUGCCGAGGUGGUGCGCUUCAACGACCUGCGAGAGAGACGCGAGGAGGUGGCCCGCGAGCGUGCCAUGGCGGCGCAGCAACAGGGCGAACAGGUGCUCGGUACCGACCACAUGCCUCGAACGCACAGCCUCAUGGAGUUAGCAGGUAGCGUGCCGGCCCCGUCGUGA